AUGUCCACCCCAUCGCCCUCGCCAAAGCCCCAAUCCUCCACAUCCCCCUCGAUCAUCAGAUUCAUCCUCGCAAUCACGAGCGGAGCCUUCGCCGCAUUGAACGGAGUAUUCGCGAAACUAACAACAGACAACCACACAACAGCCUUCGCGCAAUCCCUCGCCCACCUCUUCGGACUGGAGUCAUCGCCUGUAAUUGAGAUGAUAGUUAGAGGUGCCUGUCUAGGUCUCAACGUCCUGUGCAAUGUAAUAAUGUGGGCGCUCUUCACGCGCGCUCUAACUGCCGGCCCGUCAACGACGAAAGUGUCUAUCACGAAUACGGCGUCGAAUUUCCUCACUACGGCGCUGUUGGGCAUGAUUGUUUUCUCCGAGGCUGUGGGUGGGCUUUGGUGGGUUGGGGCUGGGAUGAUGGGGGCUGGGUGUAUUUUGGUCGGGAUGAGGGAGGGUGCUUGA